GCCGAACCCGGGUUGCUCCCAUCUCACUCACCGUAACGGAGCUCGCCAUGCUGACCUCGACGCUAUCAAUCACCAAGAGGAUGUCUCGUAGCGGUUCGACCGCCAUUAAGAGAACUCAAACAAUAGCGCGACAUAUGAUGUCUACGAGCUCAAGUCCGCCUCAGCAAGAGGAACCGUCUGUACUAUUCGAAUCUCUUCUCGCGGCAAGAACGUACAAAUUAAAUCGCCCAGCAAAACUCAAUGCCUUGGACCAUACUAUGAUUGGACUGUUGAGAUCAAAAGUCGAGAAUUGGAACACGUCUGACUUAUGUGCAGCCAUAUGGGGUUCGGGAGAAGGCAGGGCAUUCUGUGCAGGGGGUGAUGUCGACGGUGAAUGACAAUGCAUGGUUGUGAUGUUUACCACCCUCAAUGAACCAUAUACAGGUGUUGUCCGAGAUGCUGCCGAUCCGAGUACCAGACCAAGAGCGAUUCAAUUCUUCAAAUCCGAGUUUGAACUGGAUUAUAUCCUUGCAGCUCUUUCCAAGCCAUACAUCGCGAUUAUGGACGGCAUAACGAUGGGGGGUGGCGUAGGAUUAUCUAUCCCAGCUACUUUCAGAGUAGCGACUGAAAAGACCGUUUUUGCUAUGCCCGAAACAAAGAUAGGGUAUUGUCCCGAUGUUGGAGCAAGCUUUUUCUUGUCCAGACUUGAUGGUGAGAUGGGAACAUACCUAGCUCUGACGGGCGAUACCUUGAGAGGGAGAGCGGUGUUUGAGCAUGGUUUCGCUACGCAUUUCAUCCCCUCUCGACGAGUGCCCAUGGUGCUGGAGAGUGUUUCAGCGCUUGAUAAUACCUCGAGCAUCCAAAAAUCAUCGCAAGAGGACUAUUAUAAACGAAUUAACGAAAUCAUCGAGGAGAACGCAUCGGAGGCAGAACACUCGGGGGCCUUCGUUUCAGAGUUUGUUGGUGCGAAGCGUGCUGCCAUUGACUUUGCAUUCCGACACGAUGAAGUCGAGAAGAUUUAUGAGGAUCUCCGAACGCUCCGAAAUCACCGUGACCUUGCAAUAAGCAAAUGGGCGUCUACCACUCUCGACACCCUGGAUUUCCGUAGUCCGACUAGUUUGAAGGUGGCUCUGCGGGCGAUUCGUAGCGGAAGGACCAAAAGCCUCGUCCAAGCGCUAAAUAUGGAAUUGCAGAUCGCUAUUGCAUGUUGCAGCGGGGCAACGCCGGACUUCAAGACUGGUGUGGAAGCUGUUCUCGUCACUAGAACGAAAGAGCGUCCCAAUUGGUCUCCGUCUACCCUCGAAGAGAUAACUCCAGAGAAGGUCGAUGAUUUUUUCAAUGGCAAGUACAUCACAGACAAGGACAGGCUCGAGAUUCCGGAACCGUUCGCCUCUAACACGAUAUCAAAACCGAGCCGUUUUGCCUUGCCCACGGAAAUUGAGAUUCGGGAUGUGGUCACAGGAAGUCAUGUCACGAGCAGCGGCUCUGGCGUAACCCAGGAUGAAUUGGUUGCCAAAAUUACCGACCUAUACAACGGGAAAAUGGGCGUAAAGGAGAAGGUGUUGGAGGUGAUAGCUCGUAAAUGCGAAACCACAGACAAUGCAGAUGGUAAUCGCGUCUGGAUGAAGUGGGUCCACUCAACGGAGGCCCCGCAAUGAUUGGAUCAGACGUUAGAACCUGUUGAUGUUGGUCCAUAUACUUCUCCUGACGACAAACUUUACAGCGCAAAUCUGGGUAGUAGAGAUGCCAUCAUAGUCAUCAUAUGUCAUCAUAUGUCUAUGCACUCUGCAAUGUGUAUCGCUGUGCAAAUCUCUCCUGAUGUCAGGUUCAGUUAGGUUCAGUUACAUCUAUGUAUACCGUCAGCUGUACCUUACUAAACCGAUCUAGCCGAUCUGGCCAGUAUUCAAAGAACGAGUAUGAC